GAGGAAUUUCGGCCACGGCUAACGAUCAAUUCGAGACGAUAAAUGACGGAUGGGUGGUAUCGCGUGCCUGUGCAACGGUUUAUCGAAGAGAUUAAAGCCCGUUAAAAAACCUGGGGAAGCUUCGUCAGCCUGCUGCGAGUACUGCGGGUGGGAAGUUGAGACCGGACACGCGAUAGCCGUUGGACUCGGUAUCUUGGAAGGAAAACGUCUCUUCCUCCUUGCUGUGGGGAUAUUUGCCGAGUGGAACGUGAUCCGGUUCGCUGGCGGGUUCGUCCCCCUGGUCCUGACGGUCCUGUCUGCCUGUCUAGGCGGCCCAGCAGCCUUCGCCACAGUCUUCGCAAUCCAGAAACGUCGACGGGAUCCCCGGUUCCCGUGUCUCAGGAGACUCCUUAAGUGCCUGUCAAUCGCUGUUCUCUUCUGCGCCCUCAUGAACGUCGCCGUUAUCGGCACCUUCGGUGCUUACCUCAACAUACGGCGAGAGGAUAUCGCCGGCGUUUUCAACGCCUCGAUGAUGCUCUACGCGGAGGAAUCGUGGCACAAAACCACCAUCGACCAGCUCCAGUUCACCUUGCAGUGCUGUGGUCACGCCAAGUAUAGCGACUGGAUCGCGUUCGAUUGGCAGAAAUCGGACUAUGCAUCACGAGACGAGAUGUCGAGCCAGCGGAGGAUUUCUGAUGAGGACUUCCGGCCCAUGGCAGUGCCCUUCAGCUGUUGCAGGCUCCGAUCUAUGAGGCCCUGUUUUCACAUGGACUUUACCAUGGACACAGAUACCAUAAACGAUAAAGGCUGCGCCGAAGUCUUGAGCCGCCUGGUUUUCCGCAGUGCCGCACUCGCUUACUGCGUUUCCGCCUUCCUCGUUCUUACGCAGGUCCUUCUAGCCAUCCUCGUGCUGAAAAUCGCCAAGAGACCUUUUCGAUCGGAUUCUCCAUCCCUCUGCGAAUGCACGGAAAAAUGUCCGUCUGUAUGCCCGCUGCUGGAUCACCAGUCCAGUGCAUCGUACGUGAGCUCAACCAGCAACACCUCAGCUGGUAGCGAUCGUGCAAACUCGUCGACAGCAAAGAACAGAAGAAGAAUUGUGAAGCUGAGUACGAUCUCCAGCCGUAGUUCCGAGUCCUGCAGUAGCUCGUCACCGUCGCCGCCUCCGUCCUCGGAAAAGUCGAAGACUAAGUCCGCGAAGAAGACGUCAUCAGCCAGGACGCGGUGCGACGGCGGCUGCGGCGCUGCCAGAAUCCGUCCGAGUCUUCACACCGAGCAUCGAGUUCCUAAAAAACGGUGUAGCCAAAAACGCGCGGUCCGACCGAGCUGACGUCACUAAUACGAGCCAUCUUGAUGG